AUGUUUCAGAGGAUGAAACAACUCGAUACAUUGAAUUCGGAAAUGCCAUCUCACAUUUGUUGCGAGGAGCAUCGACGACAGUUAGUGAAAUUCGCUGAUCUAUCGCAACUAUUACCCAAUAUCGACAUGACAAAUUUGGCGUUUUAUUUUGCUCGACAAUGCCAGAAUAAUAAGAAAGCUGCUCGAGCAGCACGACGUUUAACAGCCGUAUCUCAACGAACAACGACGAAUGAUGACAAAAAUACUUCACCUUUCCAUAUUGUCGAUCGUCUACUUGCUGCACCGACCGGCAUUUACGCACCUGAAUUGAAUUCUCGCCCAUUUCAUGAACUUUGUUCUCGAAAAGAUUUACUUCUUUCAUUCGAACGUUACAGCAAAGCAUUCACACUUGAAGAUUACAAUGUUAUCCCGUAUGCAUUCGACAUUCAACUAAAACAUCGUGCAUUAUCAUUUCUUUCCAAACAAGAGACUUAUAGUCGUUUAACGUCUAUGACUAAUAUUACUCUUAGAGAAACGAAAAUUAAUCGUGUGCAUAAAGGGUCAGUCAUUCGAGUUCAUUCCAUUGUUGAUCCACUGAUAACCCCAAGAUCCAUACAAUUAAUUGUCGAAGAUGACAACAACAAUAUUGUACGUUUAUCGAUAUAUAAUUGGUACACAAUUCUUGCCGAUCAAUCAAGUGAACACAUCCGAAAUCGAAUGAGACGAGAGAGAUAUUUCAUGAUUGGAAAUCCGUUUAUUAAAAUGGCUGCCGAUGGCUUAUUAAUCCUACGAGUGGAUAACCCCAGACUUGACAUGUGGUUUACGGACUACGAAAGCGAAAUUGAACAUAUGACUGCUGAUAAGUUGCGUGACCUAGGUAACAAAUGUUUUCGUAAUAAUGAUAUUCAUGGCGCAAUUGAAUAUUAUUCCCAUGGUUUAAUCAAAAGUCCGAAUGAUAUGCGAAUUUUGAGUAAUCGCGCUGAAUGUUACCUUCAAGAUCAAUUACCUCAUUUAGCUUUUGCUGAUUGCGAACGUAUCUUAGAAAUCUGUGCGAGUAAUUCGACAGAAGAGAAUACCGAUGGUACAUUUACAUGGAAAAUUCAUUAUCGAAAAAUGCGUGCUUUGAUUGGUUUACAGUUGUUUGAUCAAGCCAAACUAGCGAUUAAUUCUUUAUUGGAAUAUACACAAGACGUAGCAUCAUCGAAUGAAAUUCUUGAUCGUUUUCGACGUAUUCUCGAUUCCAAACUAGCGAUUAAUUCUUUAUUGGAAUAUACACAAGACGUAGCAUCAUCGAAUGAAAUUCUUGAUCGUUUUCGACGUAUUCUCGAUUGUGAUAUUCCGCGUUUACAGAAUGAAGUCGAUGGAAAGUAUGAUAUGUUCGAUUUAUUAACCAAUCGAAACAAGCGGCCUGACGAUUUUCUCGCCGAAUUCGAACGUGCGAACGUCUGCGAAUUCCGGCAAUGUGAAGAAAAAAACAAAGGUUUUGGUAUGUUUGCGUUGUGCCCGUUAAAACCUGGUACACUGCUGCUUGUCGAACGGCCGAUCGCCUAUGCUCAAUCGAAACCAAAUGAAGUUCUAAUCGAUGAUCCUUCGCAUUUGAUAACUUUUUCAUUGACUCAAAAAUCCGAACAUCGAAAUGCAGAUGACGGAAAUAGUCAUGGCGGUAAAUAUCUUCGGCAACCUUCAUUAGAACUCCUCAAACAAAUUGAAACGCGCAUUCUUCUCGAUCAGAAGUACUAUAUUGAAAAAUUAUCCCAUCUAACUCCACUUCGUCAGUAUCCAUUAAGAAAAAAAUCCGAAGACGAAAAUUACUUCACACUUCAAUAUAAGGCUUUGAUUGAAAUCUUCGAACGUAACGUUAUUAACAAUGGUCUAUGGGCAAAACUAGCACGAUUUAACCAUUCGUGUUUGCCGAAUUGUUUUUACAUGAUUAUCAAUCAGAUUUGUUUUGUAAGUGUUUUGAGAUCAAUUGAAAUCGGCGAAGAAAUGACGAUUUGUUAUUUUCCUGAUGUUUAUUCAUCAUACAUUGAUCGUACACUUCGCCUACGGGAGUUUUCGAUCAGUGAAUGCAAUUGUAAACUUUGCGAAUACGAUCGGUUCGAAGGUCAGGCUGAAAUGCAACAAUUAUGUCGACAAUUUGAUGAAAAUGAAGAUGAUGAAGAUAAACGUCGUCAUUUAUUCAAACAUUUAACACAUCAAUACAGCACAACACGGCCAUUAGGUUUCAUUGAACAAUUAAGUCAAUUGAAACGAUCCGUUAAACUCGAAAUAUUUCUUGAACAGGUCAAACACGGCUAUGUUGUACAUCCAUAUGUUCUGAAGUACAUUCUGUCACAUAAAAAUAAGAUCAAUCAGUUGGAAAACGUUGUUCAACAAAUACAAACCGAACUCGCUUAUUUCAAUUGGACAAGUGAAGAUGGCAAUAAUCAAACCAGUCGAUUUCUAGAGAUUAUCCAAGCAUUAAUCAAUUUUCUCUGA